GAUCAUCCCGGACAAGACCAACUCGACGUUGACCAUCGAGGACUCUGGCAUCGGUAUGACCAAGAACGAGCUGAUCAACAACUUGGGCACCAUUGCCAAGUCCGGCACGAAGGCGUUCAUGGAGGCCAUGGCCGCAGGUGGCGACAUCUCCAUGAUCGGCCAGUUCGGCGUGGGCUUCUACAGUGCCUACCUUGUCUCGGACAAGGUGCGCGUCGUCAGCAAGCACAACGACGAUGAGCAGUACAUCUGGGAGUCUGGAGCCGGCGGAUCAUUCACCGUCCAAAAGGACACCGAGCUUGUGCACGGCGAGAUCAAGCGCGGCACCAAGAUCAUCUGCUACCUCAAGGAGGACCAGUCGGAGUUCCUGGAGGAGCGACGCCUGAAGGACUUGGUCAAGAAGCAUUCCGAGUUCAUCGGCUUCCCCAUUGAGCUGUACGUGGAGAAGUCCAAGGAGAAAGAGGUGACGGACUCCGAGGAAGAGGAGGAAGAGAAGAAGGAUGAGAAGGAAGGCGACGAGCCAAAGAUCGAGGAGGUCGAUGAAGAGAAGGAGAAGGAGGAGAAGAAGAAGAAGACCAAGAAGGUGAAGGAAGUCUCGCACGAGUGGGAGCAGCUCAACAAGAACAAGCCCCUGUGGAUGCGAAAGUCUGAGGAUGUGACCAACGAGGAGUAUGCCUCCUUCUACAAGUCCCUGUCCAACGACUGGGAGGACCACCUGGCGGUGAAGCACUUCAGCGUGGAGGGUCAGCUGGAGUUCCGUGCGCUGCUGUUUGUGCCGCGCCGGGCACCUUUUGACCUCUUCGAGACUAAGAAGAAGAGGAACAACAUCAAGCUCUACGUGCGCAGAGUCUUCAUCAUGGAUGACUGCGAGGAGCUGAUGCCCGAGUGGCUCAACUUCGUGAAGGGCGUGGUGGAUUCCGAGGAUUUGCCUCUGAACAUCUCCCGCGAGACCCUUCAGCAGAACAAGAUUCUGCGCGUCAUCAAGAAGAACCUGGUGAAGAAGUGCCUGGAGAUGUUCGCCGAGAUUGCGGAGAAGAAGGACGACUACAAGAAGUUCUAUGAGCAGUUCGGCAAGUGCCUCAAGCUGGGCGUGCACGAGGACUCCACCAACCGCACCAAGGUGGCUGAGCUGCUGCGCUACCACACGUCCAAGUCAGGAGACGAGCAGAUCAGCCUGAAGGAGUACGUGGACCGCAUGAAGGAAGGCCAGAAUGACAUCUUCUACAUCACCGGGGAGAGCAUCGCCGCUGUCUCUUCCUCCCCCUUCCUGGAGACCCUUCGCAAGAAGGGUAUCGAGGUGCUCUACAUGAUCGACCCCAUCGAUGAGUACUCCGUGCAGCAGCUGAAGGAGUUCGACGGCAAGAAGCUGAAGAGCACUACCAAGGAGGGCCUCGACAUUGAGGACGAGGAUGAGAAGAAGAAGCUGGAAGAGAUGAAGGCGGAGUUUGAGCCUCUCACUAAGCUGAUGAAGGAGGUCUUGGGCGACAAGGUUGAGAAGGUCAUCGUCAGCUCUCGCAUGGCCGAUUCGCCAUGCGUGCUGACCACUUCCGAGUAUGGCUGGUCUGCCAACAUGGAGCGUAUCAUGAAGGCGCAGGCCCUUCGCGACAACUCCAUGACCUCGUACAUGGUGUCCAAGAAGACCAUGGAGGUGAACCCCAAGCACUCCAUCAUGGCAGAGCUUAAGAAGAAGGCUGCUGCCGACAAGUCUGACAAGACGGUGAAGGACCUGAUCUGGCUGCUCUUCGACACUUCGCUCCUCACCUCCGGCUUCAACCUGGACGAGCCGACGCAGUUCGCAGGCCGCAUCCACCGAAUGAUCAAGCUCGGCCUCAGCAUUGAUGACGAUGACGAGGGACUCGGCGAUGACGAC